AUGCUCUCGCUUUCGAGCUCCCCAGGACCCGGGCUCCCCUGGCCCGGCGUUCCGCACGCAGCGCCGGAGCCGGAGCGACCCGACCUGGCGCUGCUCUCGAGGCAGCUUGCGGCCGAAGUGACGGCAGACCGGACGCUGGCAAACCGCCUCGAGCUUGAGGCUGGGCCGCUGGAGACGCAAGUUCAGCAAGCUCAGCAGGACCUUGUGCUGUCGCGGAUGCAGGCCAAAGAAGCCUUCGACGUCCAGCAGCGCAUGACGGACCUCGAGCGCUCCCUGGAAGGGCAAAUCCAUGCAGCCAAAGAGCAGCUGCAGAGACUGACUGAGGAGCGGCGCCAGCUCACUGAGCUCUUCUGUAGCGGCGCGGUUGACAAGGAGCGCGCUGCAAAAUCGCGGCAACUUCUGGAGCAGGUGCUCGACGAAGAAGCGCGAGCUUUGGAGGAGACCCGAGACUCCAAUGUCUUCUUGGAGGAGUCGUGCAGAGGUCUUCUACAGCAGCUGAGCGUCUACGAGGCCGAGCGCGAAACGUUGCUUCGCGAGGUCGAAGAUGAAACGACCGCACAUGAAGGCCAUGAGAAGGCUUAUGGGUCUUCCGUUCGGAACCUUGCUGCGCUGACAGCCCGGGCAGAUCCUCGCAGUCGUCCCGGUGUGUGA